AUGAAGCUGGAUUCUGUUGAAGUAACAACCCGAGAAAUCUCGGUACAUUCACCCGAGUACAAACAACGCAGGAGACAACAGAUGCUGCGAUUUUUCGGAGCUACAGCGUUCACGUUAAUUUCUGCCAGAAUGGCAUUCAGAGGAGUCCAGACUCGAAAAUAUCUGCCUAAUAUGUUCCAGUUGAAUCAUAAACCACCACCGUAUUCGUACCAAGGUGAAGCAAUUUCAGCACUUGCAUAUGGGACCUCUCUCGCUACAGGGGGGUUCGCAAUGCUCGUGCUGGGUACUUGCUGGAUUGCGGACAUUUCCAGUUUCCCAGAAUUCGCUAUCACGGCCAAGAGACUGAUGGGCAACACGUCAGAGUCUGUCACGUCAAUUGACGACCUCAAAACGGACGAAGACACGAGAAAAGUCACUGAGGCCCUAGAGAAGCUACUGAGAAAUGAGCCCGGUAGGAAAUGA